UUGUUUGAUGGAACCAGCUUCACAUAUACAUACCUCUUGGCAGACACAAAGACUAAAGAAGCAGUUUUGAUUGAUCCAGUAUUGGAACAGGUAGACAGAGAUGUUAAACUGGUUGAAGAAUUAGGAUUGAAUCUUAUUUAUGCUGCAAACACCCAUGUUCAUGCUGACCAUAUCACUGGCACAGGUCGCAUAAAACAGAAGAUUCCUGGUUGUAAGAGUGUAAUAGCAAAGGCUUCAGAGGCUAAGGCUGAUGUGCACUUAGAACAAGGAGAAAAAUUAAAAUUUGGAGAAUAUGAACUUGAAGCUAGGAGCACGCCAGGGCAUACAAAUGGUUGUUUGACUUAUGUUUGUCACAAUCAAAAGAUGGCAUUUACUGGAGAUGCUCUCCUUAUUCGUGGUUGUGGUCGUACUGACUUUCAGCAAGGUAAUUCUGAACGGCUCUAUGACUCGGUACACACACAUAUCCUUUCUCUACCGGAAGACUAUUUACUGUAUCCAGCACAUGAUUACAAAGGACAAACUUCUAGCAGUGUUUGGGAGGAAAAGAUGUUUAAUCCAAGAUUGACGAAAACAAAAGCUGAGUUUGUAGAAAUCAUGAAAAAUUUGAAUUUGGCAUAUCCAAAAAUGAUUGAUAAAGCUCUUCCUGCCAACAUGGUUUGUGGUCUUCAUGAUAUCACUGACCAGCAAAAAAGUGCCUAAAUUAACCUGAUCUUGCUCUGUUAUUCUCAAAAUUAAAGAUUACAUAGUGGAAUGAAUAUGAUAAACAAACAACUGGAUUAUUUGAUAUAGAAAUUUUAUGGGUUACACACCAUUUUGUGAAUUAAUAAACUAUACAUUGAUAUACUAAUUUGGAUGUUUUCUACUAAAUUACUGUCUUUCCAGUUUUGUAGUUUUACUUAGAGUGUAGUUCGGAGGUUUCUGUAUCAACUUUUUAAACCAACAACUUGAUGAAAAUGUAUUGGUCUUAACAUUAAUAACAUUUAAUAAAUAAAUAAGACUAGUUUACUUGUCAUGAUACUUGUGUAUUUCCUGUUCUAAAACAAUAUGUUAUCUUUUUGUAACACUGUUAUUUACAUUAAGGACCUAUAUAUGCAAUUUUUAACAUGUUUAAUGUGUAAGGCCUUAAUGUGAUGUUACAUGCAAAAAUAUAUUUGGAAAAUUGGUAUAUUAAAACUGUUUUUAUUAAUGUGUAUGGAUUUUUAUAUAUGUUGAUAAAAAAACAAACUACAGUCAAUGUUAACUCGUUUUUAAUUAGAGUAGCUAUUAUUUUAACGACAAUAUUUCAUUUGUUAGUAGCUAUCAUGCAGUAUAUCUUGCUCCAUAACUGUCAGUGAUAAAAUUGAAAUAAUUAUUGGUUUAGCAUUUAAUGUACUAAAUAACUUACUGUGAAGUCUUUACUAUGCUUUCAAUCUUAUGAAAUAUGUUAAAUAACUUACCACAGUAUAAUGUAAAGGUUUUUCAAAAUACUUCAGGUUAUAAUUUUAUUUUGUGUUAUUAAAUUCAUAUUGGUAUGUUUUGAAUUUUUUA